AUUCCAUGUUUAUCGACCAAUCAAUCGGCUUAAUCAUUUAUGGAUCCACUGAGAUUUGAGAAGGCUAGUUGGUAAACAAAGAUCUAUAAAAAUAGGGUUUUGGGAAUAGUUGUGAAUUGAUAUUCAUCCGAAGCAGACGGGAUAGAAAUAAUUGGAUAGAGUAUUUUGACUAGAAGGUUGACAAAUCGGCUUGAUAAUCAACCAUGGCGUCCGAGCAUGAUUUCCUCUUCUUAUUCUUGGCGCUCUUCUCGCUCGUCAUGUUUAUUUUAACACAAGUCCUCAGUGCUCUAGCUACUGUACCUGGGGAUCCAGCUGGUUGGUUUCCUAACACCACCGAAGAAGUGUCCGAUGCGUACCCGGUCCUGGUUACCCCAGCAGGAUGGACCUUCCUAGUCUGGGCUGUCAUCUACAUCUGGAUGCUGAUCUAUGUCAUCUACAUCCUUACCACCAUCUGUCGAAGGAACAAGAACGGACCGGUCUACAUGAACCCACCCGUCAUCACAGCAAACUUCCUCGCCUUCUUCACGCUGAACCUCGCCUUCAACAUCGUUUGGUUGUUCUUGUUCAGUAGGGGGGAGUUCGCCUGGUCGUUGGCCGAUUCGUGCCUGUUGGCGUUCUCCGCCUAUAUCUGUCUCUGGAUCAGUCAUCGCAACGUGGAGAAAUAUCGUGACGUCAUGGAAACUAAUCACAAGGUAGAUCUGUGGUGCAAUCGAAUCCUUCUUCAGAAUGGUUUAGCUGUAUACGCAACGUGGACCACCAUCGCAACACUGAUCAAUCUCUCCAUCGCCCUCACCUACCUUGCUGACGUCAAGAACAUAUCAGCUAGUCUCAUCUCUCUCUCAAUCCUCACCGCCGAGGUCGUCGUCUAUUUCGUCAUCGAUACGUUCUACUGGGACCGAUACCUUCGUUAUACAUUCACCGUCUACCCCACCGUCAUUUGGGCCCUGUCCGGGGUCCUGUCCGAGAAUUGGGACCAGGACACGAAGACAUCGAUCUUCAACGCCGUUUUGCUGGCAGUAGGAUGUCUAUGUUUCGUCAUUAAGAUAGUCUUGGUGGUGUUUGUUAGGGACCAGUUGGAUUCCAAACCUUUUCCACAAUCAUCAGGGAAAGUUAAUAAGUACAUGCUAAAUGACGAGGAAAGUGACGUGCCGAGUAUCACAAUGACAAAUAAGAAGCUUUACGAUAAUGCAGUUAAUUAAACAGAGACAUGUAAUUGAAAGGAAUACUCUUUUUUCUUUGUACAAAGCGGACAUUGUUGUACGCAGGGCGACCGGGCAGGAGUCGGGAUGCUGUUGUCCUACAAAUGAUAAAAGUGUAUAAGAAGAAAAGAAGAGGAAGAAGAAGAAGAAGAAAAAGAAAGAAAAAGAAAAAGAAGAGGAGGAACAGAAGAAGACCUCAUCCGUGUCUUCAUUUUCUUAUAUGUACUAUAUAUUAGAUUUAAUUAGUGGGUUAAUAUAGAAUUGCACGACACAUACAUCUCUUUUGAUAAUCUUCUUUCUUCUUUCUAUCCUCUUCUUCCUUUUGCUCAUUUAUUUGUUGUGACUACUAGAAAAAUCAUAGGGGCGUUUGUUUCUGGCCUCUUGUAUAUAGCGUCGCACCAAUCUAGAAUCUCAACGUCAAAUAUUAUAUAACAAACAACCUCUGUAAAUGAAUAAAUGUAACAUAAAUAAUCAAUGAUUCAUUAUGAAUUUUAAAA